CAGAAUAUGAGAACUUCUGGUUUUCCUCUAAGUAAAAUCUGAGUGUGAGAACUAAGAAUUACAGAAGCAGGCAUUACAGGGCACUGGAAGUCACAGUGGAUUUUAGUUUGCACUGCUUUUGGCAGGUGAACUGCAGAGAUGCCCACUGAGAAGGCACAUGGGGAAAUUCCGAUGAUUAUGUAUGAACCGCGCCAUGAGCCCUAUGCACAAGAACCCUCUGCACCAGAGUACUGCAGUCAAGAAGGGGGUUAUGAAUAUCCUGCUCCCCCACCUUACUCCUAUCGGGAAACAGCCACCAUUGAGCAACCAGUUUACAUGGUGUCUCAGCCUCCAAUCAUCGUAGCAGGAAUCUUCUCAAGCAAACCAACAUCCACAAUAUGCCCUUCUUGCCGCCAGCACAUCACCACACAGGUCACCUACAGACUGGGCAAACUGUCCUACCUUCUGUGCACCAGCUUGUGCAUGGUUGGGUGCUGUUUUGGAUGCUGCUUUGUACCUUUCUUUGUGAGGAUCUUCAAGGAUGCAGACCACUACUGCCCAUGCUGCCAUUUUCAUAUUUAUAGAUACAAAAGACUAUAGAAACAAAGUUUAUGCAGCCAGAUGGCAUCAAGUCUCUGUUUCCUAACUGCAUAAAAUUCUACACAUAAAACUACUGGUAUGAAAUAUAUAGGAGUAGGCUUAGGUUCUGCAGCUUGCUCCCUUGCUGGUGAAUCCGUCUGGAGUUUACCAUCACAUAGUUGGACUUACUUAAAAACUCUUGAAGCCUAAUUUAGUGUCACUUGUAUUUAUGCUCUAUUUGAUUCAUUGUCCUGAGGUGUGAAGUGACCAGCUAAUGAGUACUUACUUCAGUGCUACUACUGCUGCUCUCAAAUCUCCAACCCAGAUGGGACACAGACUCUUCUGGACUUUUCAACCCAUCACUAACCGAGAGGUU